GAUUUCUGCUUUCGAUUUACAGUCAUCGUCAGAUUCCGCUUCCGAUAGUUGGUGAUAGUCCAGUUAGUUUUUGCCAAAUAUCAAGGUUUGUUUUAUGACUCAGUUCGCAAAAAUUGUUUGAGACUUUCCGGAAAUAACGUGGAUAUAUUGCUAUACGUUUAUAUUAAUUGCCAUUGCAUUUUACAAUUUUAUUAGUAUCUUUUUAUUUUCAUUGGAGCAGACAAGUGAUAGAAUUACGUAAUUGUUGAAGAUGAGCUUUCAAUGGACCGUUGUAGCAACGUUCUUGUACGUUGAAAUAGCUACGGUGAUCUUGUUGAUGAUACCAGGCAUUUCGUCAGCUGCAUGGCAAAAGCUAUUUCGAUCGAGACUGUUUAAAUUUGUCAAAAAUUACGUGAAUUUGUAUUUUUACGUAUUUGUCGCACUUUUAGCUUUGUUAUUUGCUGAUGGCGUAAGAGACGUUCGUAAAUACAGAGGUGAAGAGGAUGUGAAAGCAAGACCAGAUGCAGAAAUUCAUCAGCAUAUGAAAUUAUUUCGCGCUCAGAGAAAUCUCUAUAUUGCUGGAUUUGCUCUUUUCCUGUGUUUGGUAAUUAGGCGAAUCGUAAGCUUGAUCUCUAAUCAGGCUAAUCUAGAAGCUAAAUGUUCUGCUGCUCUCAAACAAGCUGAAAGUGCUUCGGCAACUGCUAAGCAAUUUAUGAAGACAGCAGAAAAAGGAGCUCAUAAAAAUGCCAUUGACGAGACGAUGCUGGAGGAGCUAGACGACGUGAAAAAAGAGUUAGCUAAGAAAAACGAAGAAUUACGAAAGAUUAAAGUGGAUUUUGACGCUUUAAAAUCUCAGGCGGAGAACGCUAACAUAGAAUAUGAUAGAGUUUUGAGUGAACUCCAAAAUUCUCAAGUAAGUCAAGAAGGUACCAUCAGUUGCUGCUAACUUUAAUAUAAACCUUUUUUCAAUGACAGAACAAAGGAAGUGAAGGAGCCAGCAAGAAAGAUGAUUAAAUAACAAAAUCCAAUACUAUAUUUAAUUACUGUCAAUUCUAUCUUUUAAAUGGUUUGGAUAUAUUUUUUGGCAUCUCUCGAAAUACUGUGUGAUUAAAUAAUUCAUUAAAUUAAAACACUAUAUGCUAUUGUACUAUGUCUGCAUAUUUCAUAGGAGAGUAAAAUUAAUGUUCAAUCCACUAGUUUAAUGAAAUAUUGUCAGUUUUACUCAAAAAUCUUAAUAUUAUUUAAUAUUAUAAAUGAUGGCUAAAAUUUACAGAAAAAAAGAGGAACAGGCUUCAAUUAAUAAAAAUUUUUCACUUUGAUUUUAAAAGAGAUAUUUAGAAAUAUUUUUAUAAUUUCUUGAAUAAAAUCUUUCUGAAGAUAAUUCAAUUUUUUAUUUAUUAUCUUUCGAACUGAUAAAAUUUGUUUUGAAUUUUUUGUUGAACUUGAAAGAAA